CUCUCCUUAUCCAUAUAAACGCCAACUGUAGCGCCCAUAAACCCUGAGAGCGAACCCCACAACCACCCACGCUUUGAGAUCUUAAACCGUGUUCAGGGAGAAUCUGAGAAGCGAGAGGGUGAACCGAUCGGGAUGCCGGUGGAGUCCAGAGAGGGGCGGCGACGGCCGGCGGAGGGAAAGCCGGCCGUGGCGGAGGCGAGGGAGAGGUGCCCGCGGUGCGAGUCGCGGGAUACCAAGUUCUGCUACUACAACAACUACAACAUGUCACAGCCCCGCCACUUCUGCAAGUCGUGCCGCCGCUACUGGACCCUCGGCGGCUCCCUCCGAAACGUCCCCAUCGGCGGCUCCUCCCGCAAGCGCCUCCGCCCCUCCCCGGGCCCCGCCGCCGCCGACGCCGUCGUCGUCGCGGCUUUGAGGCCCGGCCGCGCUCUCCCUGGCCACCCUCCGCCGGCGCCGCAGUCCGCGGAACUCGGGCAAGGCCCACUGCUCCCCAGCGGCCCGGUCCAGGCCGGGCUCCUGGGGCUCGACGAGCCGUUCCUCUCCUGCCGGGGCGGCUUCGGCCUGGGGCUCGGUCUGGGGCUCGGGUGCGGCGCCGGCGCUGCGGAGGAGAUGGGUUUCGGGCUGGCGCCCACCCUACUGUGGCCGCCGUCGCUGCUGGACGAGGCCGCGGAAGCGUGGCGGGUCGGCAACGGCGAGGGAGGGAACUGCCUCGCGGCUCCGGGCACGGGCCCGGCCGAGGCGGCGUGGCCGGACCUCGCCAUCUCCGCUCCGGCGGAGGGUGGAGCCGGGCCGGCGAGGGAGGUGAGCUAACCGGGCGGUGGAUCGGCGGGGUCAUUCCAGUUUUGGUUUGCUUAUGUACGGCCCACGGCGUGUUGCUCGCAGGCGUCCAUCUCGGGUUGUACGGCACAUAGCUCAUGCAUGUCGAUUACGUCGAACAUCUCAAGACGUGUGUGGAGGCGGAUUAGACGGUACUCGUUAGGGUGUGGGAUUUGAGGGAGGAGUUGGUUAGGUUAAGUACGUGCUAAUCCUUGUCGAGCUUAGUGUAUAAUUGACGUUGUUACUGCUUCUAAUGAUGCCUCCUGGUUUUUAUUUA